GCAAUGACGACUCAGCUGCCAUACGACACUCUGCCUCGGCUGAGCCUGGUGAGCCGACAGGAGAGCCUGGAGCUGACAGGGAGUGUGGAGAGGCUGGCGAGGAGGCUGUCUUCACCCAGGGGCCUGGCCGCGGGAUUUGGGAAGCCCUACUCAACACCCGACGACCCCCGCAAUAGCUCAGUUACCCCUGGACUGGGCGUGUGUGAACUGCCCCCUUACAGCACCUCUAGCCACUGCCUAGCAGAGCCCAAGGACCAGCCAUCACACAGAGAGAAGCCCCCUGCCCUGGAUUGGUCCUCCUGCAGGAACCGGCCCGUGGUGCGGGCACACCGGGGCACCAUGGCUCUGCUCAAACUCGCCCUCAUGGCAUUCAGCUUCCUCUUCUGGGUGGCGGGGCUGGCCAUGUUCACCGUCGGCAUCUGGGCCAAAAUCUCCCUGUCUGACUACCUGGUGCUGUCCACCAACCGCUACCCCAACACAGCCUUUAUCCUGCUGGCCAGCGGGGCAGCCGUCAUCGCCUGGGGCUUCCUGGGCUGCUUCAGCGCGGCCACAGAGAACCGCUGCCUGCUGCGCACCUACGGGCUCUUCCAGAUGGCCCUGCUGGGGGCCGGGCUCUCCGCGGGGCUCUCCGGACUCUUCUACCGCAAGGACAUCGCCGAGGGUUUCCAGAAUGGGCUGCGGGAGGCCGUGCAAUCCUACGGGGAGGAUGAGGGCAAGGCAGACGCGCUGGACGCUCUCCAGAGGGCACUGGAGUGCUGUGGGGUGCAGAGCUACAGGGACUGGCUGUCCUCAUCCUGGUCCCUGGAGCCCAAUGGCUCAGUUCCGGCCAGCUGCUGUAUGCUGCGGAGAGGCUGCAGGAACAGCCCCCUGCCUCCAGAGGGCGGUGGCACGGCCGGGAUCUACACUCACGGCUGCUUCCAGAAGGUGCACGACUUUGUGAAUGACAACAUGUUCUACAUCGCCGCGGGCGCACUGGGCCUGGCCGCCAUGCAGGCUGUGGGCAUCGGGCUGGCCUGCCUCCUGGCUGCCAGGAUUCCAGGGGCAGAGCCAGCAGAGGAGCCGAGGGGGCCCCCGCACUGAAGAGCAGGAGCCAGGGGCUUUAUACAAUCAGAGCCUUCUUUUGUUUCAUGUUUUUUUGCUUAGCACUUGAAUGUUGUAUUUGUAGAAUGAUUUUAAGAGCGACAUUUUAUGAAAUUCUGAAUUAUCUGCAUAACAGAGUCUGGUAAUUCUGUGUCCCUGGACUACAGACACCAGGUAUGCGGAGGGUG